AUGGGAACACUAUCUACUCCAAGAAAGGAAGUUUUGAUAAAAUCAAUGGCUUUGGCUAUUCCUACAUAUCCUAUGCAUUGCUUUAAGUUCCCUGCUACCAUGUGCAAAGAGAUUGAUGCCGCUAGUGCUAAAUUCUGGUGGGGACAAAAGAAAGAAAAAAGAAAAAUUUAUUGGAAGAGUUGGGAGUUUUUGGGGCUGCCAAAAUCGGAGGGGGGUUUAGGCUUUAGAAAAUUGGCUGAGUUCAACAUUGCGCUUCUAGCGAAACAAGUGUGGAGGCUUCAUACUGAACCUAACACUUUGUGGGCCAAGAUGAUUAAAGGAAUCUAUUAUCCUCAUAUGGAUAUCCUACAGGCAGGAAAAGGGUAUAGGGCGUCGUGGGCGUGGAGUAGUUUAUUAGAAGGUAAAGCUUUGGUCGUAGAGGGUGCAAGAUGGCUGGUGGGAAUUGGUAAUUCUAUUGAUAUAUGGAGCGAUAAAUGGAUUUUGAAUUCUGAAAUGGGUUUCAUUGGACCUAAUGUGCCUAUCCCUCAAUCUGCCCCAACAAGAGUCUCCAAGCUAAUUGAUUGGGACUCUUAUAGAUGGAAUUUGCAACCAGUUUGUGGGUUGGUUCCAAAAUUAGACAUGAAAGCUAUUGAGAUGCAGCUGUUCAGUGAGAGUGAUAUUGAUGAUAGACUAAUCUGGUCUCCCACAAAGAAUGGUUCCUACACUGUCAAAUCCGGGUAUAAUCUGCUCCAUUCCCUGAAUCUAAAACCCUCAAGACAGUUGAGCCACUCUUCUCAUAGGGUUCACCCAAGUGUAUGCUCUACGAUUUGGUCUAUCCAAACACUUCCCAAAAUAAAGCAUUUCUUGUGGCAAGUGGUCAAUAAUGCUAUCUCUACCUACCAAAAUCUCUACCAAAAGAAAAUCAUAUCAUCACCUCUUUGUCAAAGGUGUGGGCUAGCUUCAGAAACAAUUGAACACACCCUACUGCUAUGCCCUAUUGCUACAUGCACAUGGUUUGCCUGUUCUCUCAACUAUAAGAUAAAUAUGCAAGAGAUUACUUAUAUUGAUAGAUGGAUUGAAGGAAUCUUAAAGCUAGCAGGUCCUCAAAAGAAGCUUCAAGAUAGUUGUCUUAUCAAAAUUUCCUUCAUCUGUUGGGAAUUAUGGAAGUGUCGAUGCCGUUCCCUCUACCAAGGUAUCAAAACCCAUUCUGGAAACUCUCCAAGCUCUUCACACCCUUUCCCUUCUAACCAAACACACAUUCACCGUAACCCCACCGCCAUUAUUCCUUCACAAGAUCAUCCUACCACCAUUUCUACCCUAGAAAAUCCCAAUACUACCUGGAAAAAGCCUCCCGUUGGUUCUAUCAAAAUUAAUUUCGACGCAGCUUGGACAAGUGACACUAACCUUGCUGGCCUCAGAGUUGUUGUGAGAAACCCUCACGGUUCUCUAAUUAACGGAUCAUCUCAAUGCUGCUGUGCAAGUUCAGCAAUAGAAGCGGAAGCCCAAGCAGCCGUCACCGCUCUCUCCCUCGCAAAGAAAUACUCCCACCUUCCGACACAAAUUGAGUCAGAUUGCCAAGAAUUGGUUAACAUCAUAAAUGGUGUCGAUUUAGGAAAAAAUUGGAGAAUUUCACCUUUGAUUGCUCAGUUACAGAGAGCUCCUCCUCCUUCCAGACCGAUCGAUUGGUCUUGGAUACCCAGAAAAGCGAAUUGUGCAGCUCACCAUGUUGCGUCGCUUAGUGUGAGGAAGACGUGCCCGGAUGUCUGGAUUGACAGACCGCCAUCCUCCCUGGUCCACAUCCUUUCGCGCGAUGGCUUGUUGUGUCUUCCGCCAGAGGGAGCUACUGAUCAGAAUACAUAA